GACCUUGGGUUGGCGGUACUGCGAAGGGAGAGCUCCUUCGUGCGUCGCCCGCUCGCAGAUAUCGCGAAGACCGAGGAGAGCGCGCGGCUACCUCCAGUCAACAACAACCCCCCUCCUCCCCGCCCCCUUCACUCUGCACAGACAUGUCUCCUCACACAUCCCGCUGCCAGUGAACGCCACGGGAUCGAAGCUGUCAGCAUGACUUCGUAUCUCCAGAUUGCUGACGAUGAAAAGGGGCACGAGUUGGAUUUAUUCUGUGUGCCAAGACAUUAUGAGAACGAUUUGGAUAAGGUUAUCAUCCCCCAUGGACUCAUAAUGGACAGGACUGAACGCCUGGCCCGUGACAUAAUCCAAGACAUGGGAGGACAUCACAUAGUGGCCUUGUGUGUGCUCAAGGGAGGCUACAAGUUCUUCGCAGAUCUGUUGGACUACAUCAAAGCUCUAAACCAGAACAGCGAUAAAUCAGUGCCGCUGACAGUGGAUUUCAUUAGAGUAAAGAGCUACUGUAAUGACAAAUCAACCAACAACGUCAAAGUUAUUGGCGGGGAUGAGCUGUCCAAUCUUGCUGGCAAGAAUGUAUUGAUUGUAGAGGACAUUGUAGAGACCGGGCGGACCAUGCAGACACUACUAUCCCUGCUUAAUGAAUGCAAUCCUAAAAUGGUUAAAGUUGCAAGCCUCCUGGUGAAGAGGACACCGAGGAGUUCAGGAUACAGACCAGACUAUAUUGGCUUUGAGGUGCCUGAUGCCUUUCUUGUAGGAUAUGCACUGGACUACAAUGAGUACUUUAGGGAUCUCAGCCACAUCUGCAUACUAAAUGAACAGGCGCGGGAGAAGUACAGGGUGUGACAUUGGAGACUGGAAUGAUGGAACUACAUGGAAUCACUGUGACGAAUCUACCUUAUGUUUGCUGUGUUUUCAAGCGUAUUUAUUUUUUUAUGUGGUGUGUAAAUAAUAAGAACAUUUACGUACCUUUAUAUUGAAAUAAUUUAAUGUUUUGAAUGUAUGCAGAGUUUAGUGCAUAUUUAUAACUUAUUGCUAUAAUAAUGUUAUUUUAUUCAAAUAAUCUUAUUUAGUAUAGUCUCAGUGGAUUUAUUAUUUGUUGGGCUAUAGGUUACCCGUCAGGGUAAUCUAUAGUUUUUGUUUUCACUUGGCAUUAUGCCAUAAAAUGAGUCUGAAUGUACUGUAUUUUAUUAAUUUAUUUAAUGUUGUUUCCUAAGAGGACCUGUUAAAAAGCAAUACAGUUUAUGUUAAAACCAAA